AUGGAAGCCAAGCGCAUGCGUGUGGAGGGUAAGAGCCCCUAUCCAGCGCGCGGCAAUCGAUUUCAGGACAAAGUCGUGAUCGUCACAGGCGCCGCUGGAAACUUUGGCUCGGUAUGUGCGCAAAUGGCGGCAGCUGAGGGUGCCAAGCUUGCACUUGUGGACUUGGCCAAGGACAAGCUCGAGUCUGUCGCCGAAGACAUUAAAAAGACCUACAGCGUCCCUGUCAGAUCAAUUGUUAUGGACGUUACCAAGGAGGCAGAGAUAGAAAAGAUGGUUGCAGAUGUGAAGGCGGAGUUUGGUUGCAUUGAUUGCCUUUUCAACAAUGCUGGCUACCAGGGCCUAUUUGCUCCUGUGGAUACCUACAGCUUCGAGGACUUCGAAAAGGUCAUGAAGAUCAACGUGACCGGCGUGUUCGCGGUUCUCAAGCACGUGUCUAAGGUCAUGGUGGAACAGAAGGCGGGUGCCAUCGUAAACACAGCCAGCUGUGCCGGCUUGGGCUGCCCCACGAUGAUGACUGGCUAUGCUACGAGCAAGGCCGCAGUUCUCCAUUUGACCAAGAUUGCUGCUUUGGACCUGGCGCCCAGCAACAUCCGCGUGAACUCCGUAAGUCCGGCAUUCAUCGGGCCGGAUGACGGCUUUAUGUGGAAGCGGCAGGUGGAUCUUCAGGCGAAGGCAAAUCCAACUGGAGCUCCUGAGCGGUACUACUCCAACGACAGUGGGCAGGUUGCCAAACAGAUGCUGGAGUCGGUGCCGCUGCGCCGGUUGGGCCGGCCGGAAGAGGUGAUUCAAGCCGUGCUCUUCCUGCUCAGCGAGGAGUCCUCCUACAUCACGGGCACGGACAUCAACAUUUCCGGUGGCAACGUUUUGGGCGGCUCCAGGGGGUAG